UAAAAUGUGGAGUGUUUUCUGUGUUGCAGGUUUGCUCUCAGAGACUCUGAGCUCUUUAACUAUGGAGGCAGAAGCUGGAGAUAAUGUCACUAUUUGGUGCCAACAUGAUCUGAGUGUUACAUCUUUCAUCUUCUGGUUUAAACACACGAGUGAUUCAGUUCCACUUCUUCUUGGGUGUAAAAAGUUUAGGACAUCAGCUCCAUCAGAGACGUGUUACUUCUUUAGUGAGAGUGAGAGAAUAGUGAUGUCUGUUCAUAGCAGUAAAACGUCUCUCACAAUCACUGCAGUAAACGUCUCUGAUACAGGACUCUAUUACUGCAGCUUCACACAACUGGACCAAGUUAAAUUUAGAAACUCCACCUAUUUACAAGUGAAAGUUUGUCUCCCAGGUUCUGUGUCUCCUGCUGUGUUCUUCAUGCUGAUUGUGGUGUUUGGUGCAGUGAUUGUGUUUCUUCUCACUGUCCUGAUCUUCAUCAUCCUGAAGCACAGAAAAACACACAGAGGUGCUGAAGGUAAAACAGAAGUUAAAAAGGUUUCUGACUCGGACUCUGUGAAUUACGCUGCACUUCAGUUCUCUAAGAAGAAAACCAAGAGGAACAAGAGACACGAUGUAAAGGAGGAUCCACAUGUUGUAUAUUCUUCAGUGGGACAGAGGAAUGUGUGAACAUAAU